CUUCGAGAGGUGGCCUGCACGUAUGGUUUACUUCUCGGACGAGGAGUUUGAAGGGUAUUUUUCUGGUCAUCUCGGAGGACAACAAGAAGGACUUGAAUGCACCUCCAAGACAGCUAAAACUGUCAAUGAAGAGUAUUCGGUGGCUGUGGAAGGAAAAGGGUUUCCCAAUAGCUGUUAUGGGGAACCCCAACGGGAAACAAGCUCAGGUGCAGAAAUGGCAUGAGUUUUGUGCUCAGCCGCUUCACGAGAUGCCUUACAACCACUUGUGGAUUCUCGCUGAUGAGAUGGGUGAGGAUAAUAUUAAGAGGCAGAUCGCUGCCCUUCAUUCCUAUUUUCCUCUAGUGAUGGUCAGGAAAAGCGUGUGGGAACUGGGUAUGGAAUUCUUUGACAAUUGGGAGCCGGCGAGACUUCUCGCACCCGAGGGAGCGAAGUGGAUCACAAAGAAAAAAAAAGUGAAGGGCGUCAGGCCCGACGUGAACCACAUCGAAAACGAGAAGUUGGGGCGUAAGGAGGUCAUCUACAACGUCCCCGAUGACGUGCCCCAAAAGAAAGGCAAGAAGGAGAAAGAGCCUGGUGAGUGGUUCGUCGAAGUUACCGAACCGGAACCGCACUGUUGGAAGACUAUGGAAUCCCUUACCGACAAUGAGAAAUAUCGGUUGCUCAAGAAGGUCCUCAACUGCGAGGUAGUGUGGGUGCAGAUAGGCUCCGCUUCAUUGGCGAAGCAAGGGAAGCUGGGAAUGUAGGAAGCAGUGCAUCUGGUGAAGUGCGAUCGCAUCUUGGUGCGAUUGUGAAACUACUACGAGUUCAAGCACGAGAACC